AAAAGAGAGAGAGAGAGAAUUGGCAGCGGGCGCCGAAGUUGUUGCAGACUUGGUUUGGCUGCUGAGGAGGACGUGAGUGGGAGAGAGAGAGCGCUGUUGCACACACAAAACCACAGAGAGAACCCACAAUUUAACCAACAUCCCCAACCCCGAGUUUGCAGCUCUUGGACCUCUCAGCUCGGCGCUUGCGAUCGCCUGUGACUUUUCUUUAAAUUCAUGAAAAGCGUUUUACCAAAGAUCGAGAUCUGAAGCUUGAAUGCCAUGCACUGAGCUUUUAUUUUUUUCUUUUUCUUUUUUUUUUUCCUUUUUGCGCAAGAAUGAUUGAAAGGUCACGACACGAGCGCUCUUAGAGCAACGCCAACCAAACUACUGAAACUCAUUUUCAAGGCUGCUUUAAAAAAAAAAAAAAAAAAAAAUCUCGCGGAGAACAUUAAUGGAUUCCUGUUGUGUUUAAAUUCUCCACAGAUUCUAUUGUAAAUAUUUGAUGAAGUCCGGUAGAUGUGCGUGUGCGUGAGUGUGUGGCCGUGAAUUUCUCUCCAGUUGUAGCCGGCUGACCUUUGCUCAGCGAGCCGAGCUCGCGUUCCGCCUCCUCCGAAGAACAGCCCCGAAUUUCCCUCAAAGAGCGAUUUUUGCCUCCGGAAGACGCCGGCUCCUUUUGCUUUCUCUCGGGACCGGAGAGAAAUCACCUGGAAGAAGCCGGGAAGCGCGUGCUCCUGGCCGCGCCUCCCUAAUUUCAUUUUUUAUUUUUCCCUGGGAGUUUGGGAUGAGCUUUGGCCCCGCUCGCUUUGCGCGUCCCCGCCGCGGUACAGCACGACCCUGGCGCUUAUCGGAUUAACGGGAUCUGUUCCUCCUGGCCAGCAAGCCAAGAGUUAAGGCCACCAGCACAGACCCAAGUGGGGGGACUGGCGCAGGAACAGCCUCUCGGCGGGCGCCCAGCCCGCUCCCGUUUAUGUUGGUCCCCAGCGAGCGGCUCGCCCAGGAGUUGCGCUCGCGUGGCCGCCGCGUAGGAACUCAGUGGAGGUGUUGUGUGGCCCUAAAGGCUUGUUGUGAUGCGUAUCCCCGUAGAUACCAGCACCAGCCGCCGCUUCACGCCGCCCUCCACCACGCUGAGCCCGGGGAAGAUGAGCGAGCCGCUGGCGCUGCCCGGAGCCGAGCACGGCGGGGCUUUGCCGGGGAAGCUGCGCAGCGCCGACCGCAGCAUGGUGGAGGUCCUGGCGGAUCACCCCGGGGAGCUGGUGCGCACCGACAGCCCCAACUUCCUCUGCUCCGUGCUGCCCACGCACUGGCGCUGCAACAAGACGCUGCCCAUCGCCUUCAAGGUGGUGGCCCUGGGGGAUGUCCCUGACGGGACCCUGGUGACGGUGAUGGCCGGGAAUGACGAGAAUUACUCGGCGGAGCUGCGCAACGCCACGGCCGCCAUGAAGAACCAGGUGGCGCGGUUCAACGACCUGCGCUUCGUGGGCAGGAGCGGCAGAGGGAAAAGCUUCACUCUGACCAUCACAGUGUUCACAAAUCCUCCCCAAGUGGCCACCUACCACAGAGCCAUCAAGAUCACCGUGGAUGGACCUCGGGAGCCCGAAGUAAGACAUCGUCAGAAAAUAGAUGAGCAGACAAAGCCCGGCAGCUUGUCCUUUUCUGAGCGCCUGAGCGAGCUGGAGCAGUUGCGUCGCACGGCCAUGAGGGUCAGCCCACACCACCCAGCCCCCACACCCAACCCUCGAGCCUCCUUGAACCACAGCACAGCUUUUAACCCUCAGCCUCAGAGUCAGAUUCAGGACUCGCGGCAGGUGCAGCCCUCGCCGCCCUGGUCCUACGAGCAGCCGUACCAGUACCUGGGCUCCAUCGCCGCGCCCGCCGUGCACCCCGCCACGCCCAUCUCACCUGCGCGCCCCGCCGCCGUCAGCUCCCUCACCGCAGAGAUAUCCAGCCGCCUCUCGGGAGCCUCCGACCUGACGGCGUUCAGCGACCCUCGCGUGGGCAUCGACCGCUCCUUCCCGGCGCUGCCGUCCAUCUCCGACCCCCGCAUGCACUACCCGGGGGCCUUCACCUACAGCCCGACCCCCGUCAGCUCGGCCAUCGGCAUCGGCAUGUCGGCCAUGUCCUCGGCCUCGCGCUACCACACCUACCUCCCGCCGCCCUACCCCGGCUCCUCGCAGCCUCAGGGCGGCCCUUUCCAGACCAGCUCUCCCUCGUACCACCUCUACUACGGCACCUCGGCCGGCUCCUACCAGUUCUCCAUGAUCUCGGGCGGGGAGCGCUCGCCGCCGCGCAUCCACCCGCCCUGCACCAACGCCUCGACGGGCUCGGCGCUGCUCAACCCCAACCUGCCCAGCCAGAGCGACGUGGUGGAGGCCGAGGGCAGCCACAGCAACUCGCCCACCAACAUGGCCAGCACGGCGCGGCUGGAGGAGGCCGUGUGGAGGCCGUACUGAGCGGGAGAUGGAAGGGCAGGACUCGAGGAUUUCGUGGUUUUUCCAGAAACUUCCCCCCCGUAGGCCUCGCUGUGUGGGCCCGCGAGUUUGAGGAGCGAACCCGGCCGAAAGCAGCGCCGCCAGGCCCUGCUGGGGGUUUUGGUGGGAUAUUUUGUUGCCGUAGCAAAGUAUUCCCGGCAGGAGAAGGCGAUUCUGGAAAGGAGGACGCGGCGGUUGGUGGGGCAGAGGUGGCUGGAAGGGUUUCCAGCCUCGUUCCAGCCCUGUGGCUUCCCAACGUGCCUGGGCUUGAAGGUCUCCACAGCCCUAAAAGAGAGUUUCGGUUCACUUCUAUUUUUAAGAACUUAAAACCUUAAAAAAAAACCCCACAAAAAAACAAAAAAAACCAACCCCCCUCCC